AUGCUGUCAGUUCAGUUGUGCAACUCUGUGCCACCCUCGUUAGCCCUGUGCUCGCCCUCCCGUCCACCACGCCCAACCUUCGUCUCCGCCCCUCUCUGCCCCUCUCGACCCCUCUCCACCACUCUCCACCCCUUCCCACCCCCGUUCCACCGCUCUGCACUCCUUUCACCAGCAUCUGCAGCCCCGUCAGCCCUUGUCAGCCCCGUCAGCCCCGUGUCCUCUCCCUCCCCUCCAUACCUCGCUCACCCUUGUUCUCGGCCCAUCUCCGCCCCUCUGCACCCCUUUCCACCGCUCUCCACCACUCUCACGGCAACUACAGGACAUGUUUCUUGCUCAUGGACUAACUCUCGAGGACAUAAAGCUCGAGGUGCUCUCAGUGGUACACCUCUUCGCCACCCUAGUCAGCCCCUGCACGCUCUCCCUUCCAUCCGCGCUCACCCUUGUUCAUCACCCCUCCCCACCCCUUUCCACCCCCCUUUCUGCCCUCCACCCUUCCCCACCCCAUUUCGCCGCUCUGCACCACACUCACAGCAUCUGCAGGACAUGUUUCUCUCACACGGGCUCACCCUGGAAGACAUCAAGCUCGAGAUGCUCUCAGUUGUACAGCUCUUCGCCAACCUCGUCAGCCUCUCCCUUCCAUCCACGCUCUGUUCUCCGCCCCUCUCCACCCCUCUCCACCCCUUUCCACUUCUCUCCGGUACUUUCCACCACUCUCACUCGCAGCAUCUGCAGGACAUGUUUCUCUCGCACGGACUAACUCUCGAGGACAUCAAGCUCGAAAUGCUAUCAGUCGUACAACUCUUCGCCACCCUCGUCAGCCCCGUGCGAACCGGAGCCAAAAACAAACCCAAGCUCCUCACCAUCAUAGCAACCUCCGAGCCUUGGAACAGACCUCAUGCUAUGGAGAAGCGCCUCGUUGCCGCGGCUGUCACCGGGCCUGUCCCGGGCCUGCCACCGGAGCUGGCCGCCGCGGCUGCGGCGCAGGUUCGGGUGGGGGAGGAGGAGGUUCGGCAGUACGGCGGGAUGCUGGAGCGGUUUUUGGAGAGCCCGAGGGAGUGGAAUCUGGUGGAUCAUCGGGGGGAGUUUCAGUUCAAUGCUAUCUUUGCAUUUCUGCGCAAGGCGCAUGUGUGCGAGCCGCUGCUGCUUCAGCAUUAUCAGGCUCUCUUCUUUGCUCAUUCGCUUACCCUACACGACCUGCGAGCGUGCAAGAAGUGGGUGCUGAUGCUGCUCGCACUGCUGCUGGGCUUCUCUGGUCGCCUGGACGAGCUCAACAAGAAAGACCUCGUGCAGGCUAUAGCAUCCACAGAUGCGUGGAAGGAGUAUGAGAAAGGGGGGACUGGGAAUGCAACCAAUAGCUCAGGGCUCAGGGGGGCAAUGUUGCCUCAAGUCUUGAAGAAGAACGGGGAGGUCGUGCAGGCAAUGGCAUUGACGGACACUUGGGGUGGAAGCGGAGAACGAGGGAGUGCAGGGGAGGGAGGAGCGGUUGAGAUGGGUUCAGAGGCAGGGGCAGGAGCAGGAGCAGUAGCAGGGGCAGGAAGGAUACGGCCAAUCAAAUGCGCUCGUCUGCUGCCGACCUCCCGCCAGGACCGGUCGGCGUUCCUCGUCCGCGUCCGGCAGGCGGGGGACGACGAGCUGGGCGGCGUGCUUCGGCAGUUUCUGGAGGAUCCGAAGCACUGGGCGUGCGCGCUGAAAGGGGGCAUGGUUGUAACGAGACUGGGGAAGUUUAUAAGGGAGAUGGCGGAAAACAAUCCAACAAUGCUGGAGGUGAGUAUGUGUGCGUUUGGCUUUCUGUGCUCCAUUGUACUCUCCCUUCUCAUACUCUCCCUUCUCAUACUCUCCCUUCUCAUACUCUCCCUUCUCAUACUCUCCCUUCUCAUACUCUCCCUUCUCAUACUCUCCCUUCUCAUACUCUCCCUUCUCAUACUCUCCCUUCUCAUACUCUCCCUUCUCAUACUCUCCCUUCUCAUACUCUCCCUUCUCAUACUCUCCCUUCUCAUACUCUCCCUUCUCAUACUCUCCCUUCUCAUACUCUCCCUUCUCAUAAUCUCCCUUCUCAUACUCUCCCUUCUCAUAAUCUCCCUUCUCAUACUCUCCCUUCUCAUACUCUCCCUUCUCAUACUCUCCCUUCUCAUACUCUCCCUUCUCAUACUCUCCCUUCUCAUACUCUCCCUUCUCAUACUCUCCCUUCUCAUACUCUCCCUUCUCAUACUCUCCCUUCUCAUACUCUCCCUUCUCAUACUCUCCCUUCUCAUACUCUCCCUUCUCAUACUCUCCCUUCUCAUACUCUCCCUUCUCAUACUCUCCCUUCUCAUACUCUCCCUUCUCAUACUCUCCCUUCUCAUACUCUCCCUUCUCAUACUCCACUCACCCUUCUUAAACGAUUCUCCGCUCCCAUUCCCGUACCAGCAGGCGUUCUUUGCUCACAGCAUCGGCAUGAACGAGCUGCGGCGGGAGAAGAGUGGCUUGUACUACUCUCAACCCUCCCUUCCACCCUGCACUUUGCCCUCCCUUCCCUUCCCGUACCAGCAGGCGUUCUUUGCUCACAGCAUCGGCAUGAACGAGCUGCGGCGGGAAAAGCGGACAGCAUUGGAGCUGUUUGCAUACCUCAUGGGAGUCACAGGCAACAUGCGGGCAUGGAAGAAACACCGGCUUUUAAAGAUCAUAUCCGAGAUGCCAGCCUGGCAGAUUCAUGCAACGCGAUUGGACGAGAUGGGCUUGGGGGGAGGUGUGGGGAAGAGGGGGUGUGGGGGGAGGAGGGGUGUUGGCGGUGUUGGUAAUGGGGAAGGUGCAGGCGAGGGCUGCUCAGCUGCUGGUAGUGGGGAGGCUUAUACAGAGGAUUGGAGGUCUGGAUGGGUGAGAAAUGGAAUGGGGAGGGGAGCAGGCGAUGAGGGAGAGGAGGAGGACGACGAGGAAGGGGAGGAGGGAGGGGAGGAGGAGGAAGGAGAGGAGGGAGGAGGAGAGGAGGUGUUCGGGGGAGCUGAAGUGAGGGAGAGUGAGGGGCAGGGUCAGGACGUCUUGAGGGGUGAAGGGGUCAUGAGGGUUGCUGAGAGAUCGAGAGAGAUUGGAAGAGCAGGACAGGUAGCACCGAGUGAUGGGUUGAGCUGUUCUCGUUGCCUGCCGAUUGCUGGUCUGGUGCACUGGCAGAGGGGGGAGGAGCAGAGGAGGAAUGGUGAUGGGGAUGGGCAGAUGGGGGAGGAGAAGUGGCGGGGAAUGGGGUGGAAUGGGGAGGCGGAGGGGGGUGAACAGGUGGAGGAACGGGAGAAAGGGGACAAGAACGGGGAGGGGGGGGGGAAGGGGGAGAAUGGGGAGAAGGGGAAUGAAAAAGGGGAGGAAGAAGGGAAGGAGAAGGGGAAGAAAGGGAAAGGGAAUGAGGAGGCCACCCGGACGGCCUGGGGCUCAGACGCAAGUGGUCUGACUGGUGUGGUUAGGAGAGCACCAAUGGUUGGCGAGAGUGGGGAGGGAGGGGAGGUGGGGAAAGGUGGGGAAGGAAGGGGGGAAGGGGAAGGAGGGGACGGAGGGGAGGGAGGGGACGGAGGGGAGGGAGGGGACGGAGGGGAAGGAGGGGAAGGAGGGGAGGGAGGGGAGGGAGGGGGAGCGGGAGAAGGGGGGGAAGGAGGGCCAGAUGAAUCACAGAGGAAGUUAGAUCCAAGGGUCACUCAUGCAACAGAGGGUAGAUGCAGAGCAGGUGUGACGGUGGCGGGUGUGACUGGGGCAGGUGUGACAGUGGCGGGUGUGACUGGGGCAGGUGUGACAGUGGCGGGUGUGACUGGGGCAGGUGUGACAGUGGCGGGUGUGACUGGGGCAGGUGAGGAGGAAGGGAGGCUGGGUUGCCUCUGGGAGGAGACUAGGGAGGGACAGGGGCAGGGUGAUGUAGAUUGCAUCACAGAGUGCAGAGUAGACGAGGGAGAGAACAGAGAGAAUGAGGGAGCAAACAGGGGAGACGAGGUAGAGGACAGAGGAAAUGCGGGAACACCCGCAGCAGCACCACCACCAAAACCAGCAACAGCAGCAGCAGCAGCACUACCAGUAGCAGCAGGGGAGGAGGAGGAGGAGACAGGAGAAGUGGCAAGUCUGUUCCUGGCGUUUGUGAGGGACCCAGAGGAGUGGGCGCUGGGGGACGCCCAGGGCCGUGCCAAGGUGCCGCAAUUCUUCCGAUAUCUUCGGCACCUCCAGCGCAUAGGCUCGCCGCUGCUCAAAAACCACGCCAAGGGAAGGAGUGAUACCCACUUCCAGUCACUUUUCCCCCGCCUUCCUCCCCAUUCCCUCAUCUCUCGCUCGCCCCUCUCCCCCUCCUCUGCCCCUCCCCCCCUCCCUCCCUUGCAGUCGUAUCGCCUAUCGGGAGAUCUUCCUGUCGCACGGCCGCUCCUCCUCGCAGCUCCUAGCAAUCAAGAAGCAAGCGCUGAUGCUCCUUGCUGCCCUCUUUGCGAUUACAACCAUCCAAACUCCUCGUUCUCCCUCUCCCUCUCCCCUCCCGUCCUCCUGCAGGCCUAUCGUGAAAUCUUCCUGUCGCACGGCCUCUCCUCCUCGCAGCUCCUAGCAAUCAAGAAGCAAGCGCUGAUGCUCCUUGCUGCCCUCUUUGGGUAUCGAAGGCAGCUGGACGGGAAGAACAAGGGGCAGUACGCUGCUGGUGGAGAGAAGAGCACUUCCCCACAAUUCGCUCUCCUCCCCCUCCUGCCCCAUCUCCCCGUCUCCCGCUCCCCUCUCCCCACCACUCCGCCCAUCCCCCCCUCCCCCCCCCUCCAGGCCUAUAGGGAGAUCUUCCUGUCGCACGGCCUUUCCUCCUCUCAGCUGCUCACCAUUAAGAAGCAGGCGCUCAUGCUCCUUGCCGCCCUCUUUGGGUACCGCAGGCAGCUAGAUGGGAAGAACAAGGGGCAGUACGCUGCGAUCGUUACCCACUCUGCCUUCUGGAGAGAGCCGGGGCAAGGGCAGGGGCAAGGGCAGGGGCAAGGGCAGGGGCAGGGGCAGGAGCUGGGGCAGUGGGGAAGAGCAGGGGAGGGAAGGAAUGCUAAGGUUAUUCCAGCAACCGUUUGUCUGAGAGAAGAACGAGUAGAGCCAGUGCAGCAUGGUUCAGAGCCGGGCGACGAGCGUCGGCAGCAUUGUAUGGAUCUGCAGGGGAGGAUGGAGGCUGGAGGGGAGCAGCUGUUGUGGAGGCACCAGCAGGGGAAGCUGGGGGGGAAGGCUGCGGCACGAGUGGAUGGGUCGGCCAUUCCGCGAGUUGUGAGUGAGGAGGGAGAGUCAGCUGCCUCUCUCCCCGGUCGAAAACGGUCCCUCUCACAACUGCUCUUCCUGCAAACGAGUGGUGCUGGUUCGGGUCACCAGGCUCGGCCCGAGCCUGAGCUGGAGCCUGAACCCCAACCCGAGCCUGUGUCUGGUGCUGCUGCCGCUAGGUUGAGGGAGCAGGAGAGAGGGAGAUGUGGGUUGAAGGAAAUGAAAGGAGGGGAGAGGAAGAGGAGGAAGUGGGAUGGGGAGAAAAGUGGUCCGGACAAAGGUUCGCAUGAUCCGGAGGGUAUAGAGUGGUGGGGAGGAGUCAGGGGAGUUAAGAGGAGGUGGGAGUGUUCAGCUGAUGACGAUAAUGAUGAUGGUGAUGAUGAGAGCAGCAAGGAGGACUUCAGUUCUGAUGGUGAGGAUGAUGGUGAUGGUGAUGGUGAUGAUGGGUGUUGGGAACGCAGUUGUGGCAAAGGUGCUCUGUUGCAGCUGGGGAAGCUGCAUCAGGAGUUUUGCCAGCUUGUGGCUGGUUGUGGUGAUGGUGGUGGGGGUAUUAAAGCCAAGGCAACUGAUCCCAGGGGAAAGGGUGUAGAGGAUGAAGAAGCUUUGAGAUGCAACAAAUACAGUGUGGGCGCAAGGGGAGAGGCUGAGGGUGGUGGAGAAAUGGAUGGAAUGGAAGGAGGGGUGGGAGCAGGGGAGGUUGUGGAUGGGCAGGGUGGAUUGGUGGGAGAGUUGGAGAAUGCUAAGGAGGGAGUGAGAGGCGGGGAGGAGAAUGUGGGACACGAGAGAGUGGAAGGGAAGGAGGUCCCGAUGAGAGGCAGAUGGCAUCGGGCACUGCAGCUGGGCUUGCUCACAGCAAUUGUUGCUGAGUGCGAGUCUCUGAUGAAAUAA